AGAGGAAGUAAACAGUCCGGUUGUUGCUUAAUUCACAGCUUCAGUCGAGCGCCUGCUAAAACCCAACAGUGGGUCUCUUUUAACAUCAAAGUAAGCUUUAGUAAACUUUACAUUAGGAAAGAUGUCAACAGCCAUGAAUUUCGGAACCAAGACUUUCCGGCCACGUCCACCGGACAAAGGAGCGUUUCCCUUGGAUCAUUUCGGUGAAUGUAAAUCAUUUAAAGAGACAUAUAUGCGAUGCCUUAAAGACAACCGUUUUGACAAUUCGCGCUGUCGGGUAGAGUCAAAGGAGUAUCUGGAGUGCAGGAUGGACAGACAGUUAAUGGCAAAAGAACCCUUUGAAAAACUUGGAUUUAAGGAUUUGAUGGAGGAACCAGCCAAAGAAAAUAAAGCCAAAUUCUGACAAAAUAUAAUUCGGACUGAUAUUCACAUUUUGUUAUGCGGUUUGUUCUUAUUACUUGAAAUAUUUUUUUCUGGUUUAAAGAAUGAGCUGGGCUUUCAGCACUGCUAUGCACAGCCUUGCUCUUGAUCAAAUAAAAUAAAUUUUAUGUAAUUAAGAUACUUAACUUCACUUUUUUUUUUUUUUUUUUUUUUUUUUUUAAGUAAGUGCAGUCUGAACAAACAAGUAAUGAAAUGUUGUACAAACAUGAAGUCAAAACAAUGCCACAUACAUAUUUGCAAAGGAACUGAAGUAUUGCAAAUGAAAAUGAAAGUAUUGAGAUUUUUUUAUUUGUUUUGUUUUGUUUUUUUGUUUUUUUUGUUUUUUACAACACUGCUAUGGACUACUUGCACUGAGCCUCGUGACGCACUUCCGUUUUGAAAUCGUACGGCUCAGUUAUUUCCAGUUAUGUACAUUUUCAAUGCGCUGUAAUCAUCUAGUUGACUUAAACGCCUAAUAAAAUGAGAUUUCUCGGAAUGAUUUCAAAUUCACAAAUGUUCAAAGACAGGAGAAGACAUUAUGAUGAUUACUGAGUAUAGAAUUUUCCAAACUCAACGGAACGUGAAGUUUUAAUCCAACAUAAAGCGAUCUGAGAAAGCAGUGCCUGGUAAUCAUAGGUGAUUGUUCACAACAGGGUGUCAGUGCUCUAUAGUGGCCUAAUCGCGAUGCUGCAGCUUGUGAGAUCUGAUGAAUAAGAUCAUAAUGAACCUUAUCUGUAUUAAAUAUGUUAGUCACUA